AUGCUGCCAACUGCCGUUCUGCUGGUCUUGGCAGCGUCUGUAGUCGCCAAAGUUAACAACACGUGUGAUGGCUCCUGUGGGCUACCGUUCAGGCAGACCCUACAAGCGACCACACGUGUGGUCGGAGGCCAGGCUGCCGCUCACGGGGCGUGGCCCUGGAUGGUCAGCCUGCAGGUCUUCACCUACCACAACAGCCGGAGGUACCAUGCCUGUGGAGGCACCUUGCUGAAUGCCCAGUGGGUACUCACCGCUGCUCACUGCUUCAGGCUCAAUAAAAAACCAUACGACUGGAGACUGAUUUUCGGAGCAAGGGAACUCGAGUAUGGCAGCACCGGGCCCGUGAAAGCACCCCUCCAGGAGAGAUUUGUGGAGAAAAUCAUCCUUCACGAGAGAUAUUCCUCCAUCUCAGAGGCCAACGACAUUGCUCUCAUGAAGGUCACCCCUCCCGUGGUCUGUGGGAGCCUCGUUGGACCGGGCUGCCUGCCUCCGUUUAAGGCCGGCCUUCCCAGAGCGUCCCAGUCCUGCUGGGUGACUGGCUGGGGGUUCUUAAGGGAGAACGACCGCAAGAUGUCACCUGUGCUGCAGGAGGCGCGAGUGGACAUCCUCGACCUCAACCUGUGCAACUCGACCCGGUGGUACAGAGGGCGCAUUCGCUCCACCAACGUGUGCGCAGGCUACCCUGAAGGCAACAUCGACACCUGCCAGGGGGACAGUGGUGGGCCGCUCAUGUGCAGAGGCCCGGAGGACGCCUAUGUGGUCGUGGGAAUCACGAGCUGGGGGGUAGGCUGUGCCCGAGCCAAGCGCCCCGGAAUCUACACGUCCACCUGGCCCUAUCUGACCUGGAUUGCUUCCAAGAUCGGUAUCCAGGCCUUGCAGAUGGCUCAGCCGGCUCAGCAGGGCACCCCUGCCCCUCCCAGUACUGCCACAAACCCCACUCAAGUCCCUUCUGCUAACCCUCCUUGCUCCUUCUUUUGCCAAACGACUCCAGCAACUCAUAGAGAUCCUGAAGGGGAACACGAGGAGUUUUAUGGGAAGAGGCCAUGAGGAAAUGGAGGCCACAGGCCUCCAAGAGCUGACCCUCCUGUCAAAAGGCCUAGUGAAACCUUCA